AUGGACAUUACGCGUGGCUCGCGUCGAGCCCGUCAUGUAGCCGCCAAUGCCAGUGCCAAUGCUCACGCCGUCGUUGCCGCGUCCGAGGAAGACGUGGACGACGGACGGCGGCAGGAACAACGACCACGACAGCGCGACUUUGCUGCGCGAGCCAUCACCACACCCGGGACCACGACCGUGGCACAUGCCGCGCAGACGCCGGAUCUGCAGUACGAAUCGAAUCCUGGCUCGAGGAGGAGAGCAGAGGCCCCGCCGCCGGUGGUGAGGAGGCAGCAGGCCACGCCGAGUUAUUCGCAUCGGACGCCGGAGCAGCUUGGCGGCCAAAGGAGCCAAGGCGGUUUGCAGACGGGCCUGGCGGGACCGGCGCCGCAUCCGUUCCGGCUGCAUAGGACGGCGCAUUACGCCGGCCCUCGGCUCAGCAUGCCCUACGACUCAGAUGAAUCCAGCUCCGAGCCAGACCUAAGCGUCCUGGCUAUGGCCCGGGGCCGCCACCCCAUGACAGACCAAAUACGUAACAUGAACAACAAUAUGGCGUACGACGACGAGGUCUUGUCGCAGGAACAGUACGAGGCCGAAGACACCAGUCUCGAAGAACAGGCAGACGAGGAGUCGUCGGAAGAAGAGCCAGAAGAAGCCGUCAGCCUAGUCGACCCUGCAGCCCUUGGACUCAAGGAGAUUUCCAACCUCGGCAGGUUCACCGUGAGCAGUCACAAGCCAGGAAACGGGGUGGAAGAGCUGCGAAGCGAUGAUCUCAAGCUAUACUGGCAAUCAGACGGGCCCCAGCCGCACAAGUUAACAGUCUACUUUGUCAAGCGCGUCGGCAUCCGCGACAUCCGCUUCUUCGUCGACUAUAGCGAGGACGAGUCCUACACGCCCACCAAGAUCAUCUUCAAGUCGGGCACCAGCGAGAACAACCUCAUCGAGUUUGCCACCAUGGCCAUGGAAAGCCCCGUGGGGUGGCAGCAGGUGCCUAUUGCCGGGGCGGGCGGCGACCCGGACGGCAACACGCUCGUCUCGUACGUCCUGCAGAUGCAGAUCCUGGAGAAUCACCAGAACGGCAAGGACACGCACCUGCGGGGGAUCAAGAUAUACGCGUUUGAUGCGGAUGCCGCCCAGGGAGCGGGGAGGGACACGGCCGCCGCCGAGGAGGAGGGUGCGGCGAGCGCGUUUGGCGCCGCGGACAAGCUGGGCGAUAUCGUAAGGGAUUUUGCGGCGGCGAGGCUGGAAGGUGGCGAGGCUGGGUUCUCGAUUCCGGAUUUUAUGAGAGAGCCCGAGAUUCGGUGA